CAAGUUGGGGUAUAAAAGACAGACGGACGAGUUCCUUCCUUGCAGAAACGGUUUGACGAAACGCAAACAUGCUCAGGUUUCUGGUCUUGACAAGUCUCGCAGCUUUGGUGCUGGCUGAUCUGCAGCCUGAGCCCAGGUUCCUAAAGGACAACAUGGAGAGGGUUGUUGGAGGUGAGAUUGCUAAUCCCAACUCCUGGCCCUGGCAGAUCUCUCUCCAGUACAAAUCUGGCAGCAAUUUUUACCACACCUGUGGAGGAAGUCUGGUCCGUAGAGGUUGGGUCAUGACAGCUGCUCACUGUGUGGAUGGGAGCUCCAGGACAUAUCGUGUUAUUCUUGGUGAACAUGACCUCAAUGUCAACAGUGGCAGAGAGCAGAUCAUUGCUGUCAGCCAGAUUUACAUUCACCCCCAGUGGGACUCCAACAGAUUGUCUAAUGGGUAUGACAUUGCCCUCCUGAGACUUUCAUCUGAUGCCUCCCUGAACUCCUACGUUCAACUGGCCUCUCUGCCUCCUUCCGGUCAGAUUCUGCCUCACAAUAACUUCUGUUACAUCACCGGAUGGGGACGCACCUCCACUGGUGGCAGCCUGUCUGCUCAGCUCAAACAGGCCUACCUUCCUGUGGUGGACCACAAGACCUGCACCAGCAGCGGCUGGUGGGGCAGCACCGUGAAAACCACCAUGGUGUGUGCUGGUGGCGCUGCCGAGGCCGGAUGCAACGGUGACUCUGGAGGCCCUCUGAACUGCCAGGUCAAUGGUCAGUAUUACGUGCACGGUAUUGCCAGCUUUGUGUCUGGAUUGGGAUGCAACGCUCCCCAGAAGCCUACCGUCUUCACCCGUGUGUCUGCUUACAUCGACUGGAUGAAUUCAAUCCUGUAAAAGGUGUUGCAGCACACACCGGCUGACAGGCAGAUUUGAUCAUGUUUAAAUCGACUAAACCCACUCACCCGUCUAGUCUCUUCAACAAUAAACUUCAUUUAACUUUG